AUUUGCGGUGAUGUUGUUUUUUGCCAAUAAAUCGCUAAAUUAUUUAGAUUAAUUAUCUAAAAGGAUCAUCUAGUGUAAAUUUACGUUUAAUUGAAGUGACUGCACUUAAAUUUUGUAUGUAAACUUAUAAGAUUAUGGCCAAAGUUUCAACUGGAUGUAAUCUACUUUUAUCCUUGAAUUAAAUUGUUAUUGUGACAUUAACAGCGCUAAGUGCACUAAAGACAAUAUUGUAUCAAUUGUUUAGGCAUGUCUGUUUGGUCGGCCAGUACAAUAGUGGAAUUGAUGACAGGUCUAUUGAGAGUCCAUAAUUUUGGCAGCUCAGAACGUGAGGCGAGUUCGUCUUAAGUGUAGUGAAACAUAAGUGCGUGAUGUCUGGUGAAACGCCCCUACAGUCGGGGGACACCCUGCACACACCAGCGUACCUGUCAUGGCGGAAGCUACAACUUAGCCGUGCUAAACUAAAAGCCUCCAGCAAAACAUCGGCGCUGCUCUCUGGUUUUGCCAUGGUGGCAAUGGUGGAAGUGCAGCUGAACCCACCAGACCAGACCAAGGUGCCUCCAGCGAUGCUAGUGGCUUUCACAGUGUGCACCACCCUCCUUGUAGCUGUGCAUAUGCUGGCCCUCAUGAUCAGCACAUGCAUCCUACCGAAUAUAGAGGCAGUGGGCAACCUUCACAGCAUAUCUCUAGUGCACGAAUCCCCCCACGAAAGACUGCACUGGUAUAUAGAAGUUGCAUGGGCGUUUUCUACCUUGCUAGGUUUGAUUUUAUUCUUAGUAGAAAUAGCCAUACUUUGCUGGGUGAAAUUCUACGACUUGAGUGAAACGGCCGCUUGGUCGGCCUGCGUCGUAUUAAUUCCUGUCAUGAUAGUGUUCCUAGCUUUCGCGGUACAUUUCUACAUGUCGCUAGCGACGCAUAAGUAUGAAGUGACAGUUACCGGUAUAAAGGAACUGGAGUUGUUGAAGGAGCAAAUAGAGCUAGGCGAUCACGAUUCGAGAAUGAAUAAUCUGACGUUGCUAGACCAGAAUAGGAUGAUGUGAUUCCUCUAACGCCAUCGAAAUACCGUACUAUGGAAGAAUAACUAAGUCUAGAAAAGGUUCCGCAAGGCUUACUUUUAGUUGGCCAUCAUAAUCGGGUAUAUAUUAUGUGAUCGAAGGGUGCCCUAGCUAAUUUUUUACGUAAAUGGAGCCAUAUUUGAACGGUCCAAUGUAUAAGAGUUAUUCUAUACUGUAUUGUAUUUCGACGUCUGGUGCUCAUUAUAUAAUAGUAAUCUCGUUUUUAUAAUGACAUGUUAUUAGGAUAUUCGAAUUAGUUUUUGUAAAGACCUUUUUGUUUUUUUAAGAAUGUCCGAAAUAUUAUAUCAAUUAAUUUAUCGUAUUCAAUAGUUGUGAAACCCGCCGGCGGGCUGUGACAUCUUAUAACUGCUAUUUAAGUAUAAUAAUAAUAAUUAAUAUUCUUGCUAAAGAAUAUGUUUCCUAG